GCUGAUGUAACCACAAUGGCGGAUACCACGACACAUGUAUUGGAACAUCUCGCUGAAUGUGGACCAAUAGACUCUCUAACUCUUGCAGUAAAAUUGGGAACAGAUCAUCAGCGAAUUGUAGGAGCAGUUAAGAGUCUACAAUCACUAGGAAAUGUUAUUACUGCUGAACAACGUAGCAGUAAACAGUGGGAAUUAACAAAAGAAGGUGAAGAAGUGGUUGAAAAAGGAAGUCAUGAAGCAUUGGUAUAUUAUAAUGUUCCAGAAGAAGGGAUUUCACAGAAAGAGCUAAUGCAAACCAUUCCAAAUGCCAAAGUUGGAUUCAGUAAAGCUAUGUCUGCUGGCUGGCUUAUGGUAGAUAAGACGGCAGAAGGAGGCCCAAAGAUUAGAAGAAAGGUUGAUAAAAUUCAUGAUGAUGUGCAAGAAUGCCUAUUAAAGUUUAAGAACAUGAAUAUUGAUGACAUCAUUGAAUCACAAAAGCAAGAUUUCAAGAAGAGAAAGCUUCUACAAGAAGUUACAGUGAAAAGCUAUUGGCUGGAAAAAGGACCACAAUUUAGUUUGACUGUGGAAAAACAAGAAACGGACUUAACACCCGAAAUGAUUGCUACAGGCUCAUGGAAGGAAAAGAAAUUUAAGCCAUAUAAUUUUGAUGCCUUGGGAGUUCCUCUUGAAUGUGGCCAUCUUCAUCCUCUAAUGAAGGUUAAAACAGAAGUGAGGCAAAUUUUUUUAGAAAUGGGUUUCACAGAAAUGGCAACCAACAACUAUGUUGAAAGCUCUUUUUGGAAUUUUGACACACUUUUUGUGCCUCAAAAGCAUCCAGCUAGAGACAUGCAAGACACCUUCUAUUUGUCAGAUCCAGUACAUGCUAAUGAGUUCCCUCUAGAAUACCUGGAACGGGUGGAAACAGUCCAUUCUGUGGGAGGAUAUGGCUCACAAGGGUAUAACUAUGAAUGGAAGUUUGAAGAAACAAAGAAAAAUGUAAUGAGAACACACACUACAGCUGUCAGUGCUAGAAUGUUGUACAGACUGGCCCAACAGAAAAAGUUCAUCCCAGUCAAAUACUUCAGUAUUGAUAAGGUAUUCCGGAAUGAAAACUUGGAUGCUACCCAUCUAGCUGAAUUCCAUCAAGUUGAAGGUGUUGUAGCUGACUAUGGACUUACUCUUGGGAAUCUUAUGGGUCUGUUCAAGGAAUUUUUUAACAAGCUGGGAAUCAGAAACCUACGUUUUAAACCCACUUACAACCCCUACACGGAGCCAAGUAUGGAAAUUUUUAGUUAUCAUGAAGGGCUUAAAAAGUGGGUUGAAGUUGGUAACUCUGGUAUGUUCCGACCAGAAAUGUUACUUCCUAUGGGUCUUCCUAAAGAUGUUGCUGUUCUUGCAUGGGGUUUAUCUUUAGAAAGACCCACCAUGAUUAAGUACGGUAUUGACAACAUCCGGGAACUUGUAGGUCAUAAAGUGAACUUGAAAUGGUUUAUAGUAACCCUUUAUGCCGACUAGACAGAUAAUUUAUGAAAAAAAAUGGAGCUGAAACUGAGUAUUUAUAGAUGGGACUAAUAAAAAAAAUAUUGUCAUUUUUGCUCUGAA